AUGGGAGCAGAGCAGUGUGACAUCUCCUCGCAGACAGAGAGACGCGGGCGGCUGCUGGAGAAGGCGAGGGAACCAGCGACCACCGAUAAUGAAGCGAUCGCUGAGAGCUUUUACGCACGGGGCUCAGGCAGAAUACGCGAAUACUGGGGAGGAAAAUCUGUGCUCCCUCUUGACACGAAGCACGGCAAGUUGAAGUGUCAGAUUACACUGGCUAUUCAGUUACCAGAGAGCCGUGCAGGCGAGGGGGGGACGCGGGGAAAACCUGGGGUGGAUCGGCCGCCGCUGGAGGUAGUCCAGAGGUCAGCAGCAGCAGCAGUGGGGCCAGUACCUUUUCUCUGUGAGGGGAAGGAAGAGGCUGAGAGCGGCCUUCCUGCCUGGAGGCUCAUGACACCCAUGCAGAGGGGGGGAGGGGGUGUUCAGGGACGGGGGGAGUCUGUUGAGGGUGGGCUGGGUGGGUCUCUCUCACGUUCACAUGCACACCAGGACAACUGA